AGUCUAAAUUUUUGGGUUGUCAAUGUCGAAUGCAUUUUACGAUUUUGUAAACAAUAUUUAUAAGAUGAAGAAAUUCCUUUCAAGUUACCUCUCGCCAUAAAUAUUGUAACGCAGAGUCGCCAUCCAGCGUUGCAAUCGUCCGACAUUUUCUCCUUACGUUACGUACCUGCUGGGAAGAAAGAGAGAUCGGCCUGGGCAGCGUCGGGAUUGGCGUGGGGAAAUUGGGUCUCGGGAUAAUUUAAUUGACGUCUAAAUAAAGAUUUUUUUCAACUAAUACAACAUAUGGAAAUUUACAAGAACUAACAAGCAAGUUGCAGCAGAAGAAUUUACCAGCAAACUAACAUUACAUUCAACAUUUUUACAUUUUGAUUGUGUUGGCAAUUUUUUAAGACAUUUCCAAAGCCUCCAAUGAUGUGGAUGAACACGAACCAACCCUCACCCAUCACACCACUCGGAAGAUGGCCAGAUGGACAAUUUCCCAAUAAUCAAUCAGUCCGAUCAAAUUUUGGAAGUUCAGCCGGAAGUAUUGCUCUAACUACACAGCAGAAGGCUUUGAUCACAGGAGGAAUCAAUAGCAGAAAUGAAAUAAAAGAAAAACAACUUCAGCCAUCCCAUCGCACACUGUCGAGAACAAUAAGUUGUGGAGUAUUUCCAUCAUCGAGUGGAUUGAGACCUUCUGCUCUUAAUCAACAUCGAGCCCUGCAGCGAUCAACGAGUUAUGACAGCAAUCAUCGAAUGAACCAAACAAUGCCGGCCUUGGGGUCUCGUCCCUCUGGUCUGUCUCCUACGACUAGCCCCUCUCCUGCAGGACUUAGUACAUCCACCAAUGGAUAUAGGAGCCGAGAAACUGGUGUCAUAGAAAAGCUUCUGCUCUCUUAUGGAUUCAUUCGAUGUGCAGAUAGAGAGGGACGUCUUUUCUUCCACUACAGCCAGUUCCAUGGAGAAGCACAUAAUUUGAAUAUCAAUGAUGAGGUUGAAUUUGACGUUUCUAUGGAUACUAGAACUGGCAAACCAGUUGCUGUACAGGUCGUCAAAUUGAAGAAAGGAACUGUUGUUUUUGAAGUCUACAGCGAAGAAAGAAUUCUCGGCGAAGUUGCGAACGCAGCAGCACAAGGAGGGCAAUGUCCACAAUCGCCAAUGUCACCCACUGUAAAUGGUUUCAAACCUGGAGAAAAGGGUGAAACUACCCCCGGAGGAAAAUAUGGAAGCUUGUGCUAUGACAGAAUGGGGGAAGUGUUUUUUCUGCCCUACUCUGUGAAUGAUUUGACAAACAAAAAUCUUCAACUUCAACCUGGGGACAAAGUUUCCUUUUAUAUUGCUACUGAAAAAAGAACUGGAAUACUUCGAGCACGUAAAAUCACACUAGUUGAGAGAGCUCCCCCUAAAAGAUUUAUCGGCAUUGUUACUGCAAUGAAGGAAUCAUUCGGAUUUAUCGAGAGGGCAGAUCUUGUGAAGGAGAUAUUUUUCCACUACAGUGAAGUCAGUAACAAUGUACCGGAUCUUCAUGUUGGUGAUCAUGUUGAAUAUUGUGUGCAGGACAGAAAUGGGAAAGAGGUUGCAACAAACAUUCGGCUUCUUCCACCUGGAUCCGUUCAACUUGAAGAAAUAUCGAGCGAAAUAUUUGUUGGAAUCGUUGAAAGACCUCUCCCACCCAAAGCUCCCAACAAAUUGCCGCACAAUCAGGUUUCAAUAAAUAUGAGUAAUGCUGGUGGUGACGCAACCACAAUGGCAAAAGCUAAUGGAAAUCUUGGUCUUCAACCACAACAACCUACUGUUACACUUGCUGGAAUAAUCCAAUACACAUCACCACUUGGGGAAUCAAGAAAAAUUCGAUUUGGUGAAAAAGAUAGAGCUGCUAACUGUGUGUACACUCUUUGCAAGGGGGAUAAGGUUUCAUUUUUGACUGUGACUGAUAAAAGAAAUGGACAACAACGUGCGGCAGGCGUCAAUUUGUUGUUGAAAGAAACCUUGGAGAUGAGUGGAGAGAAAAGAGAGAUGGGUAUUGUUGCUGCUGUAAAAGAAGGUUUUGGUUUCAUCAAAUGUCUGGAGAGAGAUUCACGUUUGUUUUUUCAUUGUUGUGAAUUGCUCGAUCCUAAUCAUUGCGUAAGAAUGUCUGAUGAAGUGGCAUUCACAGUCCUAAAUGAUCCUGUUGCUGAGAAACACAGAUUACACGCUACAAGAAUCACUGUACUUCCUAAAGGAACAGUUAUAUUUCACACAAUGUCUGAGAAAACAUAUACUGGAGUUAUUGAUUCUAUGCCUGGCACUCCAAUGAGCAUCGGAUCUGACUGUCUUAUCAGUCCUGCACUUGGACCUAACCCUGGUUUUAUCAGUUAUGAAGAUGAUCCAUCUCCUGGAUCUAGUGUUCAGAUUCCUUUUUUGAUGAAAGAUUUUGCAGAAUGGACUGAAGCUUCCACAAUUGCUAUCGGAAGCAUGGUUCAGUUCAACAUUUGUACCUUGAAACGUACUGGUGCAAAGAACGCCGUCGAAAUCAGAUUGAUGGGAUCUCCUCGACCUCUAGAAAAAGCCACCACUGAUAUGAUAAGAGAUAUUGUUAGCGGAUUGUCUUCACUUGAUACAUCACUGCCUCACACAAAUGCUAAUACUUCUCCUCCUGCCUCUACAACCACACCUCGUACUCCAAUCAUGUCUUCACCAAUGAAAAUGGUGCCGUUGAUUGAAGAUGUUUCACUUGUGGCUCCUGCCUUCAAUCUGGGCCCAACUCCACCAAGAAAAUCGAAAUCGAGUGCCAUGGUUUCUAAUUCUCCAACUGAUUGUCCUUCCAGUGCAAUGUCACCAUCUCAUGAUAUUAAUACUUCGUCUUCUAGAAAUGCCUUGUCAUCUUCAAACAAUCUGGUUGAUGAUAAAUCCAAAAAAGUUCUCGGAUGGAUAAGUACUUUGAAAGAAACUUUCGGAUUCAUUGAAACAGCAGAUCACGGUUCAGAAAUAUUUUUUCACUUCAGCGAGUUACAAGAUUCCCCUGAAAAGUUCAAUGUCAACACACCAGUUGUUUACAUAAAGGGAGUAAAAGAGGAUAAACCAUGUGCAAUGAAUGUAACUAUUGCCAAUGAAAAAGAAGAUUUAUUUCAUGAAGUCAUCGAUCCUACUAUAUACAACGGUAUAGUGAUAAAACCUUUGAAAUCCGGAAGUUCAGUGCAACCCGCAUAUCAAGGAAUUAUCGAAUAUGAUUCAGAACAACAAAUCAAGUACAGUCCUCUGAGCUUGAGUGAUCGUCGAGAUUUCAUCCAAGCUAGUGAUAAAGUCACAUUUCAGAUUUGCUCCAAUACUUCAAAUAAUCAAGUUCGUGCUGUUAAUGUUAGUGUGAAGAGAGAAACUAUACAAGCUACUGUGGAAAGUGUGAAAGGCGAAUAUGGAUUCAUCAACUACGAAGUGAAGAAUACGGAUUCAGCGUCAUCUGGCAAACUUUUCUUUCAUAUGUCAGAAGUCAGAGAAGGAGCUGAUGAAAUAACGACAGGCACUCUCGUGGAAUUUUCUGUCAUAUUUAACCAAAGAACAGGAAAACACUCUGCCUCUGGAGUGAGGUGUCUGGAAUCAAAACGCCAGCGACCAGAACGUUUACGUUUAAGAAGUUCCUGUUGCGAACCAAUCGGGCCAGUAGUUACUGUCAUUCGACAGCCGAGAGGACCAAAUGGAGAUAAGGGAUUCUCAUUGAAGAGGAAUGUAUCCAGUGAUGGUGAAGCAUCUAGUGUAGCAUGAUGAUGGCAACUCAAACCAGGUGGAAUUGACUUUUGCAGGGAAGUUGCAGUCUCGUCUAUCUUCAGUUUUUUUUUUGUUGCAUGCCGUGCCAUAUGAUUUAUAUUCAUCAAUUCACACAAACAAAAAAAUUGCAUUUGUAUAUAUUAUUAUUUUUUGCUGACUGCUUUUUUCCCCAGAAUGUAGAGAAUACUGUGCUGAAUAUCUUGCGUCCUAUAAUCGUUAUUAAUUUUUGUUACUUUAUCACAUAUGUUUUGUUUGUUUAUGUGUACGUUGGAUUCCUCUUUUAUUAUAUCUUUAGCUCUGCAGGCAUACGCUGUCACUAUGCUCCAUUUGCAUGAGAAGCUGCUCUUACACGUUACUCCUAAAUUUGAUAUUAGCCAGUUGUUUUGCAAAACUGAUCCUGACGUUCUGAUGCAAUUUAUCUAUCACCGAAUUUGCAGCGUCUAGUGUUUUGACUUAAAAUGCUUCGUUUGUAUCAUCAUAUGAAAAUGGAAUAAUCUCUAACGUCCUGCUUGCAUUGUAUAUAGUUUGUCACAAGCUUACCAUUCAUUGGUGGUUAUUUUGCUGUAGCGUUUCAUUUGGAAAGUAUCUGAUAAAUAAAAUGAAAUUACUGUUUGAAGUUAAAUUCCUGAAAUAUAUGGUUCUUACGCUUUACUUUGAAAAAUUCUUGUCGCCGAGAAAGGAAAGUUUAUUAAAAAAUGAAAUGAUUUUGAAUCAGCAGGAUUGCCUCAGGGAAUCAUUUUAAAUAUUCGUAAACUCACACGUUAUGUUCGAUAAAGAGAUGCAUUGAUUCCUUGAUGAAACUAACUCAAUCUUAAUGAAUUAGAGCUCAGUAAUGCUGGCUUGUAUUGUAGUUUCUUUUCUUCUAUUUAGUUUGACUUUAUUUUUUGCACCAAAUGGAGUUAACGUGACUCCAUUCUUAAUAAUGCAGUUUUUUUUGUUUUGAGGUGGCAAGUAUCUAUACUGAAAUUUAGAAUUCUGUAUUAUACUUCUCUUUUUUCAUCGUGAGUCUUCGUUGGUAGGUUUUUAGACAAUCCAAGAAUUUUGCAGAAACAAGAAUUUUGCUCACAAUGUGAAGAAAGAAUGCGUGGAAAAUGCUUGUUUUGUUUUCAAAGAGUGUUAGCUGCAUUUAUUAUCAUUAUUGUAAUUCUAAUGAUGGGUGAUUUAAAUCUGGAACAUUUUGUACAAUAUAAAAAAUUUGAGUAGGUAAAGCGCACUCUGUUUGUAUGGAUUGCUCAGCAAAUAUUCUCCUAACUCGGCAUUUUCAUCCUUGGAAAUAGAAUAGAAACCUAUGCUUGGCUGUCUUGAAAUUAGCAUGUUAUUGGGAAACUUCUUUUAUUGAAAUUUGAAACAAAAAAUUUUUUUCAAUGUGUUUUUACAUAAUGAUCUAGCUUUAGUAGCCUGUGUUAGACCAUAAACAAAUAUGAUAGGCUGAAUAGCUCUUCGGGAUAAUUUUUUCCUUCUAUUGAAAUAUAAUAUUGUUUCCUUGAAUGAUGUCACACAAUGAAUGGCUAAAACGUGCUGGGGGGUUUUGGAGUGAGGAUAUAAUCCAUGAAUUGUUCCAUAUAAUGAACAACCUAUGGAUGUUUAGUUUGUGAGAAUUACAUCUCAAUUUGGAAUGAUAUUGGUACAUAUUUGUCUCCUGCUUCUGUUGGUGCUAUUUUCUUAGUGAUUUAUUAUAUUUUAGUAAAUUUUGAUGUUUGAAUUCAGGCUACAAUGGAAAUGUACAUGCAACUUGUCUUUUAAUUGUAAUAUCUUAAUUUGUUUUACAAGCGAACACAAUCCUCAUGUUUAAUUUAAAUUUUCGAACCAACAUUGAGAGAGUAAGGUUACUUAUCAUAUGUAAAUCUUCCACUGUUCAAUGUGUUCCUUAUUCUAUGUGAAGUUCACUAAACUAAGGCCUUUCCCUGACCAAUCAUAUGAAUGAAGCAAUCUUCUAUGUACAUUGACAUUGAGUCAAAAAAAUGCUUUAAUGGAUUGUCCCUAAAUAUUUUUUGUGAUUUUUUUCAGCACUGGGAUAUUAUUUCAAAUAAUUUUCUUAAAAUAAAAAUGACAAAUUUAGUUAUAUUCUAAAUUCAAGGGACAUCUCUAGUCGACUGCAAGAUAUUCUCAUCUAUAUUUUCUUUUUCACUCAAUUACCUGUUGUUACGUUGGUUGAAUGCAAAUAUUAUAUCUUUUGUUCAAAUAUUAUUUACUUGCUACCUUGAGUUCGUUUUGUGUAUUAUUUGCAUAUUAAUAUUUGUUAGUUCAUAUCAUCUGUACCUGCUUGCUUAUACUGCUGUAUCUUCAGUGCGCUUCCCACAGAAACCUUUCGUUCUUUGAAACCAGACUGCUUUUCUGGAGAACAUUUCAUAUCAAUAAUGAAGGUCAGGUCAUUCAAAUGAAUUGUAUUCUUCAAAGCAUACUUUUCUGUAUUCAUUUAGAUUAAGGUGUUCUCAAUUUUCCUUUGUGAUACAUGAUGUAAAUUCUUUCAUCUGUUUCAUUCAUAAUACCAUAAUUUUGAGUACUAGUUGAGUUCUCAAAGAUUCAGCAUGUUUUAGGACAUGCAUGAUGAUUUAGCAAAUAUUAUUUUUUCCUGUUAAUGUGUGAGCUAUACAAGCAUAUCCACUAGCUUCUGUACUGAAUGUUUAACCAUUGGAAAUAUGAAAGUUGCUCAGAAUUGGUGUCUUUCCUCCAUAUCGAUUUCAUUAUUCAUUGGUGGACUACUGUCAUUUGAUUUUUGAAAGCAGCAUUACAUUUCUCGAAAAAAUA